CCUCUAACCAAACAAUCCUUUAGAUAGGAGUAGACCCCAAGCCCCAAACAGCUAGCUCUUCCCCACUUCGCCUGCGGCGGCGCUCCCUCCCGCCGGUUUGCUCGCUGGGCCCUGGCGCGUUCGUCUCAACGAAGCACUCGCACCGCCGGCCACCCCGAAGCAAUCGCCACUGCUAUCUCGGUGUCCUCUCCCUCCACCCGGACUCGGAUUGACUUCCUAUCUCUCGUCGGGGGCCAAGCAUGAUGGAGGUGGGUUUGAACCCGGGGGAGGAGCUGGACUUCGGGGACAACCAGGAGGACGACGACGACGCGGGGGACAUCUCACCCGCCAGCAAGGAGCUGGCCGCCAUGGUGGCGGCGGCGGCGGCGGCGGAGACAGUCGAGCUUGACGACGGCGGCGCCGGUGUCGAGGCGGCCGCCUCCGCUGCCGCCGCCGCGUCGUCGUCGUCAGCGGCGGCGCGGUACGGGGACGACCGCACGCCGCGGGACGGGAUGGUGUUCAAGUCCUACGAGGAGGUGCUCAACUUCUACAAGCGCUAUGCCCUGCGCACGGGCUUCGGCGUCUGCGUCAAGAAGUCCUCCUUCACCAAGGCCGGCCUCUGCCGCCGCCUCGUCCUCGUCUGCAACAAGUGGGGCAACGGCAAGGAGGACGCCUGCUACCAGGCCAGGCCCACGGCCAAGACCAACUGCCAGGCCACCGUCGUCGCCAGACUCCUGGGGGACGACUUGCUGCACCUCACGGAUGUGAACCUGGAGCACAACCACGCGCUCAACCCAUCCGCCGCACGCUUCCUCAGGUGCUACAAGACGCUGCCUAGCGGGUUGAGCAAAGAUCUCGUGGUGAGGGCUGCCAGAGGGGAAUGCUCGGUGGCGGGUGACAUCGAUGUCCCGAUAUUUGAUGAAUGGGGGCGGCUUAAGACCGGGCAAGCUGAUGUCCUGGCCAUCAACGCUUUCUUCACCCAGAUGCAGGCAAAGCUUCCAAACUCCUUCUAUGUCAUGGACUUCUAUGUGGAGGGCCAUCUGAGGAGUGUUCUCUGGGCUGAUUCCAGAUCCAGGGCAGCGUAUCAGUAUUUCAGCGACGCUGUUUGGAUUGAUACGGCAUGCUUAAGGAACAAGUAUCAUGUCCCGCUUGUUUCGUUUCUGGGUGUCAAUCAUCAUGGUCAGCUUGUAUUGCUAGGCUGUGGAUUGCUGUCAGAUGAGAGCACAGAGAGCUUCUUGUGGCUGUUCAAGUCAUGGUUAACUUGUAUGAAGGGACAGCCUCCAAAUGCCAUAGUUACCGAUGAAUGUGUGGCGAUAAAAGCCGCAGUUCGAGAAGUGUUUCCGAAGACACGCCAUAGAAUAAGUGAUUGGCAUGUAGUGAGAAGUAUUUCAGAAAAAAUAGGUGACUUGCCAGAAUAUGAAGCGAUGAGAACCAAUUUGGUUACUGUAAUAUAUGAUUCUUUAAACGACAAUGAGUUUGAGGCAAGGUGGAAGAACUGGAUUGAUAGAUUUAGCCUUCAGGAUAAUGAAUGGAUCACCUUUCUGUAUGAGAAUCGGCACUUGUGGGCCCCUGCCUUCCUUAGGGACACUUUCUCAGCUGGGCUCUGUACUGUUAGCCAGCGUGAAAGUCCAAGUACAUUUUUUGAGGAUGCAGUCAGUUCAGAGACCACAUUGGUGACGUUCCUUGCCAGCUACAUGACACUUUUGGAUAACAAAUACAAAAUGGAGCAACAAGAUGAUUUUGAUUCAUUAAAUAGCAGCAGGCUCCUGAUAUCAAAGUACCAAAUGGAAGAACAGCUAUCCAGAUUGUACACCUUGAAUAUGUUUAUGAAGUUCCAGGAUGAGCUAAAGGCAACCAUGCAUUGUCAAGUUCAGCUGGAUGGGUCAGCAUCUUCUUUUAUAGUUAUUGAUUUGACUGAAGCAGGGAGUGAAAUGCUGAAUAAAAAGUACGAGGUUGUUCACUGCAUGGCGACAAACAGGAUGGAGUGUAACUGUGGCCUAUUUCAGUUUCAUGGUAUCGUUUGUCGGCAUGCAUUAUCUGUGCUUAAAUGGCAGCAAGUAUACGACAUCCCCCCUUGCUAUGUACUUAACAGGUGGCGGGCUGACUUCAAGCAGUUGCACUACCUAGAUAAUCCAUCAAAGGAUUUAGCAACAAGUAAUCAUGUCGAGCGUUAUGAUUAUAUUUCUUUGCAGUUUCUUCGUCUCGUCGAGAUUGGGAUGGUAUCCGACGAGAAGUAUAGGCAUGCAGUAAGGCUUCUUAAAGACAUGAAAGAGACUCUUCUUGAUGAUAAUCUGUGCCGUGAUUUGGAGCAGAAGCUUACACCAGCUGAGCGUGCAAUUGUGAAUGGUGACAACCAUACACAACCUGGUUCAUCUGAGGGCGGUGCUGCAAAAAAGCGGCGAGGCCGUCCUCCUAAAAAGAAUAAAGAGAUAAACAUGGAUUCCAUGGUAAACCCGUAUGGAAAUAAGGACCCUUUACUAGUAUCCUCGGAUGUAACUCAGAAGGACACUUUUCAUUCUGCUUCAACUACCUCAAACCUUGGCACUCAUGUCCGGACGCAUGGCAUUGUUGAUCUCAUGGAAGAAGUCAAUCCAAGCGAGCUGUCAUUUGAUAGCCGUUACGGGGUGCAAUCUGGCCACUCGCACCAUUUUGUUUGGCCAAUCUACAUCAGCAGCAGAGCAGUCUAGGGUUCAGUGGGUGUUUCAUAAUGGCAUGUAUCAGGAUGACCAAGUGACUUACGGCAGACGGACAUCAUAACAAUUGGACUUGUUAGGCUCCAGGGUUUGCCGUUUCAGGUUUCUUUCUCUUGAGAUUUUAUUCCCGUGUGUGCCAUGAUGAGGUGAUAGAUAGAUCAUGUCUUUCUUGCAAGUUAAUAUACUAGCCAUUGCUUCUACAGAUAGAGGAGUGACUGAAACUUUGUUGAGAAAAUAUAGCAUUUUACAUAAGAACCCUGUGGAACAGGAAGUCAGGAAGGCCAUGAAAAUCUGCUUAAUAAGAGCUCCAUCGGCAUACAGUAUUUGUUAUGGAAGCUUUAUGUGUUUAGGCCUUGUUCGUUUAGGAGGUGGAUCGAGGGGAAUUAGAGGAAUUGAAUAGGAAGGGAUUUGAUCCCCCUCAAUCCCCUCCGAUCCCCAUACAACCGAACAUGGCCUGAGUAGAAAGUUUUCGUCUAAGCGGCAUUCAGUGAUGAGCUAUAUUUCCAAAUUUUCAUCUGUCCAUUUUCUGACGAUUUUAUUUCAUGCCACAUGUCCUGCAUGGAAUGUGCAGGAAAUCGGGUCAGGGGUCCUCGGUUUUUGGACUUUGGAGCACCGAUGACUUAAGUGAUCCUCCAUUGUGCUUCGAACGUUGAGCCUUGGGAGAUGCAUGCUGGAACUGGCUGCUGGUGAUGGUGGCGGCGGCGGCAUCUGAAGGCAGGAUACACUGUAGAAACAGAAGUUUGCCACUAAGCCAGCCGAACGCUUCCAUAAGCCAUCAAUGUUAGCCAACUAACUGACAUGUGUAUAUACACACACAUCAUCUCAGAAAGAAGCCGUCAUUCCGUGGGAAGUGCUGCGUAAACUCCUGAUAAUAGGCGUGGUCAGCGUCGGACAAGAAAUUGAGAGCUUCAUUUUCUUUCUUUCACGUGGGAAAGAUACAAUUUUGUUGCCUCCUGACGAUCAGCUAAAAGGGGGAGGAAAUAUCCAUGCUCUUCAUCUGGGAAAGAUGCAAAAACCAUCCAGCUUUAUCAUCUUUGCUCCUUCA